AUGAGCCCCUGGUGGCCCCUGGUCCUGACACUCCUGGUGCUGGGCUGCUGCUCCGCUGCCCCCAGACCCCAGCAGCCCACGGUCGUGGUCUUCCCGGGAGAUUUUCAAUCCACUCUUAGCAACCAGCAGCUGUUAGAGGACUACCUGUUCCGCUAUGGCUACACCCGAGUGGGCGAGAUGCGCCAGGACGAACAGUCCCUGGGUCCAGCGAUAAAGCGUCUCCAGAAACGGCUGAGCCUGCCUGAGACCGGCCAGCUAGACAGCAUCACUCUGGAGACCAUUCGAGCACCGCGAUGUGGAGUCCCUGAUAUAGGGGGCUUCCAGACCUUUCCAGGGCAGGUGAAAUGGCAGCAUCGCAACAUCACAUACUGGAUCCAAAACUACUCGGAAGACUUGCCCCGCGAUGUGGUCGACGACGCUUUUGCCAGAGCCUUCGCGGUGUGGAGCGAGGUGACACCGCUCACCUUCACCCGCGUGUACCUAAAGGACUGGAGGGACACGAAGGACGUGGACAUCGUCAUCCGGUUUGGUUAUCAGGAGCAUGGAGACGGCUUUCCUUUCGAUGGGAAGGACGGGCUCCUGGCACACGCCUUCGCCCCGGGGGACGGCAUUCAGGGCGACGCCCACUUCGAUGAAGAUGAGCUGUGGACACUGGGCGAGGGCGUGGUGGUCGGCACCCGCUUUGGAAACGCGGACGGCGCCCCCUGCCACUUCCCCUUCACCUUCGAGGGCCGCUCGUACACAGCCUGCACCACGGACGGCCGCUCGGACGGCAUGGCCUGGUGCAGCACCACGGCCGACUACGACAGCGACGGCCAGUUCGGCUUCUGCCCCAGUGAGAAACUCUAUACCGAGCACGGCAACUCGGACGGCAAGCCCUGCGUGUUCCCCUUCAUCUUCGAGGGCCGCUCCUACUCGGCCUGCACCACCGAUGGCCGCUCGGACAACUACCGCUGGUGCGCGACCACGGCCAACUACGACCAGGACAAGCUCUAUGGCUUCUGCCCGUCCAGAGUUGAUGCAACAGUGACUGGGGGCAACUCUCCGGGGGAGCUGUGUGUCUUCCCCUUCGUCUUCCUGGGCAAGGAGUACUCGUCCUGUACCAGCGAGGGCCGCAGAGAUGGGCGUUUCUGGUGUGCCACCACCUCAAACUUCGACAAAGACAAGAAGUGGGGCUUCUGCCCAGACCAAGGUUAUAGCCUGUUCCUCGUGGCAGCGCACGAGUUCGGUCACGCGCUGGGCUUAGAACAUUCAUCGGUGCCGGAGGCACUAAUGUACCCCAAGUACCGCUUCUUGGAGGGGAAUCCGCUGCAUGCGGACGACGUGGCCGGCAUCCAGUAUCUUUAUGGUCCUCGCCCGCAACCUGACCCACGACCUCCAACAACCACUACAGCUAAACCCCAACCCACCGCUCCCCCAACAGUCUGCCCCACAGGACCCCCAACUGUUCGCCCCUCAGAACGCCCCACUCCCGGUCCCACUGGCGCCCCUUCACCUGGCCCCACGGGCCCCCCUUCACCUACUCCUACGAUACCCCCUACUGCUGGCCCAUCUGCAGCCCCCACAGAGCCUCUGAAUCCCGCGGAUGAUGCCUGCAAUGUGGACAUCUUUGACGCCAUUGCAGAGAUCAAGAACCAACUGCACCUCUUCAAGGAUGGGAGGUACUGGCAAUUCUCUGAGAAGAGGGGCCGUCAGCUGAAGGGCCCUUUUCUUAUCUCGGACACGUGGCCCGAGCUCCCUCAAAAGCUGGACUCUGCUUUUGAGGACCCGCUUACCAAGAAGCUUUUCUUCUUCUCUGGGCGACAGGUGUGGGUGUACACAGGUGCAUCGGCGCUGGGCCCGAGACGCCUGGACAAGCUGGGCCUGAGCCGCGACGUGGCCCGUGUCACCGGGGCCGUCCCGCGCGGCGGGGGGAAGGCCCUGCUGUUCAGCCAGGAGCACUUCUGGAGGUUAGACGUGAAGACGCAGAAGGUAGAUCCCAGGAGCGUCGGCCGAGUGGACUUGAGGUUCCCCGGAGUGCCCUUGGACAUGCACGACAUCUUCCAGUACCGAGGGAAAGUCUACUUCUGCCAGGACCGCUUCUUCUGGCGUGUGAGUUCCCUGAAUGAAGGGAACCAGGUGGACCAAGUGGGCUACGUGACCAUUGACAUCCUGCAGUGCCCGGAGACCUAG